AUGCGUUGCGGUCUGCCAGGAAGCCGCAAGUCAUUCUACCUGCUCCUAGCUGGGAUAACAGUGGGGAUCUGCCUCAUCAAUUUGGAAAUUCUAACAGAUUCUUCCGUGAUUCGUCCCCCGAAGCUCACGCUAUGGCGCCCAUUCACCCAAUCCCCGCCAGGCCAAUAUGCAAAUGAUACGCAUCCCAUCACUGAUUUGAUGAGAGAGUCGAGUCGCCGGUGGCAGCAAUACGAUGAAGGUCGCUCAACAAGCUUCCGUGGCGCCGUAGUCAAAUACCGACAAACCUACGGACGACACCCUCCGCCGGGGUUCAAAGAAUGGUAUACAUUUGCGCGAGAGCACGGGGUGUAUCAUGUCGACGACUUCCAGCAGAUCAGCGGAGACUUGCGACCCUACUGGGCGAUUCGUCCCCAUGAGAUUCGUCGGAUGGCAGCUCGGUUACAAGAAAGUAAUGGAAUCGCGGGCAUCCGGAUUCGAAACAAGCAGGUCUUCUUGAAGACGGAUGGCUGGCGGGCUGAGACAUUGGUAAAAUCCAUCAAACGACUUGCCGGAUACCUGCCAGACAUGGAUAUUGCGAUGAAUGUUAUGGACCAGCCUCGAGUAUUGGUUCCUUAUGAGGUUAUCCAAGAAUACCUCCAUGCCGAAGCAGCUACAAGGAAUAUGCCCAGUGAAACGCAGAACCAGUUUACUUCUAACAUGAGCUACCUCUAUGAGGAUCAGGCCGGGGUAGACAAAAGCGGCAACCCGGAGUGGUUUUCUGUCGCUGGGAAACAUUACAUGGAAUAUGCCAGGGACGCUUGUCCUCACGAUUCUCCAGCUCAGGAUCUCACAAUGACCUCUGAGGAUGCCGAUAAGCUCUACAAGUCAUCACUCGGGGGUUUUGUUGCUAAUUUUACCGGCUCAUCGGAUCUCUGCACUGUGGGAUCCAUUCUUGGAGACAAACACGGUUUUCUGUUCUCUGCUUCCAGCAACACAGUCUCAAGAAAGUUGCUCCCCGUGUUCAGCGAAUGCAAGACCAGUGUCAACAAUGAUAUCCUCUUCCCUGCCAACAUGUAUUUCUUGAAGGACCCUCGAUAUCAGUACGACCCGAGCCGGGAUGUUGAAUGGCACAAGAAGAACGAUUCUAUGAUAUGGCGCGGCGUCACAUCAGGCGGGGUCCAGCUUGCAGAUAACUGGCAGCAUCUACAUCGUCAGCGCUUCGUGCAAAUGGCCAACGGCACUGAGAUGAACUCACAGACAGUCUCAAUUCUCACCGAAGACAAUCAGAAGAACUUCCACGAAUUUCCAGAUUUCUUGGCAGGGAAUUUCUCCAUGGAGCAUUUCGAUGUUGGCUUCACCGAGGCAUGGGGCUGCAUUCCGGACUGCUCGUUCUACGAGGGAGUGUGGACGUAUAAGGAACCCAAGGAAUUUGCGGAGCAAUUCGAAGCAAAGUAUCUGGCGGAUAUCGAUGGACACAGCUUCUCUGGCCGAUGGCGUGCCUUCCAGCAAAGCAGAUCCCUGGGCAUCAAGGCAACUAUCUUCCGCGAAUGGCACGAUUCCCGUCUCUUCGCUUGGACCCAUUUCGUUCCAAUGGAUAACCGCUACGACGACCUCUACGCACUCAUGACCUACUUUCUAGGCCUGGAUUCAACGGUUUCUUCUGGAAGUGAUGGACAUGUCCCUGCUCCCAAAGUCUCUACGCAUGACUUUGAGGCCGAGAUGAUUGCCACCCAGAGCAGGGAAUGGGCACAGCGGGUGUUGCGGGACGAGGACCUUGACAUUUACUUGUACCUUCUCCUACUCGAGUAUGGACGCAUUCUUGAUGACAAUCGAGAGCAUAUGGGAUAUAGCGGCGACGGGAGCGAGCUGGAUGAUUUCGAUGCUCAACACCCUUUUCCUCCGGCAGUACAGCUGCUAGUUGGUGGCUGA